UGAACUAAAAUUGAAGUUCGGUUGUAUCGCGUGAAUUUAAGAGUUCAAGGACGACUUACCCAAGUCCGACUCAAAUCAUUGAGGUAACGGCGUAAAAAGACAGCCACCAUAUACCUUUAAAGAAGGAGGCCAUUCUUAAAUUUAUAAGAAAUUGAAGAAGCUGAAGAAGAUUUUCUUUUUUGCAUAGAAAAAUAUUUUUAAAUUAAUUUUUAAUAAUGCCUCGGCGAGGGAGAUCUAAAAAAGAUGGCCCGGAAUCAGGGGAAGACUCGGAUGAAUAUAGAAAAAGGCGUGACAGAAAUAAUUUGGCCGUUAAACGCAGUAGAGUAAAAUCCAAACAAAAAACACAAGAAACAUUAUCUAGGGUAAAUGAACUCAAAAACGAGAAUACAAUUUUGGAAGAAAAAGUCAAAACAUUGACUAAAGAAUUAGGAUUUUUAAAAGAAUUAUUUUUGGCACAUGCAUCAAAUAGUGCUGAUAAAAGUAAAUUCGAAGGAGUUAAUCUUGAAAAACUGUUGCAGGAUAACUCUGAAGGUUCAAGUCAGAAUAACACAUAAACAAGUAAUUUUAUUUCGUGGCAUCAUGGAGACCAACCAAUUGUGUUGUCCUGUGAUACCUACUCACUUUUAUAACUAAAAAACACAGUGUCUUAAGAGAAUUUAGAACAAAUUUUGAUAUAUUUCCUUUAUUCUAAAUGAAUAUUUGGUUGUAUGUAGUCAACAAUAAAAAAAAUAUAGACAUACCCUCUCUAGCUAUUGAAGAUGAAUUGUAAUUUGUCAAUAUGCAAUAGAGUUUUUUUAGAAUUGUUGGUGUAUCUAUCUUAUGAAAUAAGUAAACAAAAUCUUAUAUUAGUGUCCCAGCUCAGAGUGCUAAUUGUCAACGCCCACUGAUUGCAUUUUGUGAUCAGAUGUUUUUAAACUCUAGCAUGAUGCUUUUGAAAAUUUAUUAAUAUAUUAACUAGAGUGUGGAAAUCUUUAAGUGACAUCACACCCCAAAAUUUUAGUUGCAACCAUUAAGAAAUUACGUUUUGGUUACACAACUUUACGUUCUCCUUAAAAGCAGGGUUAUAAUAAGUUAUAAUAUUGUUUUUAUUUGUUAAUACUUUAGGGUUAAUUUAAAUUCCUUCUGUGUAUACAAUAAUCCAAGCUGUACAAACAUACUAUAGACUAUCCUUUAUAUGGACAGAGAGUGACGAUGAAGAUAGUGAAGUCGUAGAAUUGCUGUAAAAACACAAAUUUAUUUUCUAAUAAUGUCACAUCCUGACUCGGUAUCAUGGCAUUCUAAAUGCACCCCUGACUAACCAAGGCAAGUGUGGAAAUUAUCCACUUAAGUUGAGGAAAAUUUCAUGGACUGGUGAGAUAAGAUAAAACUCUAGAAUUAACAGCACAACCAUAUGAGCAUAAAAGUUGCAAUAUUUGUAUGUAUGAGACAGAUGGUAUCUACUCUAAAAGUGAUUCUCAUAUUUUCACAUACAUGCCAAAAUCACUGAGAAGAUCCAUUCUACUUUUUUGAAUGUUAUGCAGUAAAAUUUAUUUAAGACACUGUGCUUCUGAUUUACAGAUUUUAAAAUUGGAAAAUAGGUGUCAACCUGUCCAAAUUUUUGUGGCUGUUAAGUAUUGUUAAUAUAAAAAAUAAUGG